AUGGAGCAGGCUUACGGUGCGGGCAAGGCAGGAGGAGCAUUCGAUCCUAUAACGUUCUUCCAACAACCACAAACUAUUCUCCGAAUAGUAUCUUGGCUCUUCUCCAUAGUCAUCUUUGGCUGCAUCGCCAACGAGGGUUACGUCAACCGUCCGGAUGAGAUCGAGGAGUUUUGCAUCUUUAACCGUAACCAGAACGCCUGUAACUACGGAGUUGGCAUGGGUUCCCUGGCCUUCCUGAGCUGUGUAGCGUUCCUCGCUCUAGACGUCUACUUCCCCCAGAUCAGCAGCGUCAAAGACCGCAAGAAGGCCGUGCUCGCGGACAUCGGUGUGUCUGCUUUUUGGUCCUUUGUGUGGUUUGUGGGCUUCUGUUUUCUAGCCAAUCAGUGGCAGGUGGCCAAGCCCGAAGAUAACCCUUUAAAAGAGGGUGGAGACGCAGCGAGGGCAGCCAUCACUUUCUCUUUUUUCUCCAUCUUUACCUGGGCGGGUCAAGCGUUCUUGGGUUUCCAGAGGUUCAAGCUGGGAGCUAGCUCCGCCCUCUUUUCCCCGGACUACGUUGAUCCCAGCCAGGAUCCUGCAGCUGCCGCUCCUGCCGGCACAGAGUACACAGGCUACACGGCCGACAUGGAAGCGCCGGCUAAUAGCGAGGCCACGUACGACGGUUCCGCGGGCUACCAGAGCCAAAAUUACUGA